GGUUCCUCUCUCAACUCUAAACCAGGCGAUAGUCUAAGUUUAAAGCUCCGAUUUCUCGCUUUUUUAUUUUCUGUGAACUCAAACGGGAAUCAUGUCUGUUACAGAACUAAUGGGAGAAGAAGAACCGCUGCAAUCUGCUGUGGAGAACGAGACCGCCGAAACUACACCGGGAGACGAUGUUUUCUCGUGGCCUGUGCUUCGUUUCGAUAUUCCUCCCAAGAGGGUUUACCAUUUCUGCCACCAGUUCAGGAAAGGCUCAAAUCCCAACAAUUUUCUCAAAGGCAUCAAAUGGUCUCCUGAUGGUUCUUGUUUCCUUACAAGUUCUGAUGACGAUACUCUUCGUGUAUUCAAUUUACCAGGUAAUUUUGAUGUUAAUCAUGUAGAUGCCUGUUCGCCAACUGCUGAUGAAGAUUCAUUUGUUGCAAACGUUGUUGCGAGUGAGGGCGAGUCUGUUUAUGACUACUGUUGGUACCCAUACAUGUCUGCUUCAGAUCCAACUACGUCUGUAUUUGCAAGUACCAGUCGCGACCAUCCUGUACAUCUUUGGGAUGCUACUUCUGGCCAGUUGCGUUGCACCUACCGGGCUUAUGAUGCUAUGGAUGAGAUAACUGCUGCCUUUUCAGUUGCUUUCAACCAUGCUGGAACUAAGCUUAUUGCAGGAUACAACAAUUCUCUCAGAGUAUUUGAUGUGCAUCGCCCUGGUCGAGAUUUUGAGCAAUAUUCCACACUUCAUGGAAAUAAAGAUGGGCAGUCAGGUAUUAUAUCUGCAAUUACUUUUUGUCCCACUCAUACUGGGUUGCUUGCAACGGGUUCUUAUAGUCAGACUACUGCAAUCUAUAAUGAGGAUAAUAUGGAACUUCUAUAUGUCUUACAUGGUCAAGAAGGUGGGGUUACACAUGUGCAAUUCUCAAAAGAUGGGAACUAUCUGUAUACUGGAGGCCGAAAGGAUCCCUAUAUAUACUGCUGGGAUGUACGCAAUACAGCUGGCAUUGUGUACAAGUUGUACAGGUCAUCAGAGUAUACAAACCAGCGGAUAUUAUUUGAUAUUGAGCCUUGUGGUAGGCAUCUUGGUACAGGGGGCCAGGAUGGUCAGGUUCACAUUUAUGACCUUCAGACUGGACAGUGGUUAGCAAGCUUCCAAGCUGCAUCUGAUACCGUCAAUGGUUUCUGUUUCCAUCCCUUUCUACCAUUGGCUGCUUCAUCAUCAGGGCAUCGAAGAUUUGUCAUGCCGGAUGGCUAUGAUGAGGAUUUGAGCUUGACAGUUGAAGAAAACUGUGCAUCUGUUUGGGGGUUUUCUUGUGCCUCCAUGGCAGACAAUGCUGCUAGUAGCUGCUGGAGAGAAUUGGACACUGAAUCUGAAUGUGAAUUGAACCAGAGUUCCUGAUGCAUGCAAACAUUGUGUGUAUGCAUCUCUGAAACAUCUUGAUUUACAUGCUUUGUAACCCAUAGUGCAUUACUCUUUUUUUGCUUUUUUACAUCUUGAUUAAUACUGUGUAUAUACAUGCAACCAAAUCAUCGGCUGUACAUUUGUACUUUUCAUAGUAUAUUGAAUAGCUUGUAUCUAGUCUCUUGAUCU